AAUUAAUUUUUGAAAGAAUGAAUAGUAGCCUCGUCGACCUUGGUUCAAGCCCGGCGGUGUUUCUUUUCCAUAGCCUCGUCAAUCUUCGAUCCUAAGAAACCGACCUACGUCUUCCUUCCUCCAUUUUCUAUCUCCUUUUUCUCCCAUUUCCAUUUCUCAAAAAAGCGACAAAGCUGCACUGAGAUAUCCUGACGAAUUAGGGCUAAUCGUUUUCGCAUAAUUCGAUUUGAUCUCUCUGUGUUUCGACAAUGGCGGGGAGGUCGAGAUCAUCGAUGACGAUGACCGUCACAAACACGCCGGCCAAAGAUCUCGCGUAUACGAAUUGCGCAUAUGUUUCCCCUUCCGAUUUUCGUCAAUUUGCUGUUCCUGGAUCCAAUCUCGCUCUCGCACUUGUUGGUGACGUGUUCGUUCUGUCUAUAGCAUAUCCUUCUCAUAUUAAUCAUCACUUGAACAACUGGAACUGUGGGCAAAUUGGUCUUAAUGCCAUCCAACGACGCCAUGCAAGAGUUUCUACUGGAGAUCCAGUAUCUGUUAGCAGGUUUGUCCCACCUGAAGAUUUCAACAUUGCCUUACUUACCCUCGAGUUGGAAUUUGUAAAGAAAGGGAACAAAGAAGAACAGGUUGAUGCUAUUGUUUUAGCUCAAAAGAUACGUGAAAGAUUUAUAAACCAGGUUAUGACAGCUGGACAAAGGGUGACUUUUGAGUUUAUCGGCAAUGGUUAUAUCUUCACAGUCACCCAAGUUGCUGUGGAAGGUCAAGACAAAACAGACAUUGAAAGAGGCAUGCUUUCAUCUGAUUCAUACAUUGUCUUUGAAGCCUCAAACUCUAGUGGAAUAAAGAUAAUGAAUCAACGUGAGGCUGCUAGCAGCAAUAUCUUCAGACACAAGGAGUUUAACCUUCAAUCAUUGGGCAUAGGUGGUUUGAGCAAUGAAUUUGCAGAUAUCUUUAGAAGAGCUUUUGCCUCUAGGGUUUUCCCUCCACAUGUGGCAAGCAAAUUGGGUGUAAAGCAUGUUAAGGGAAUGCUGUUAUAUGGUCCACCUGGCACUGGGAAGACUCUAAUGGCUCGUCAAAUUGGAAAGAUGUUAAAUGGAAGAGACCCAAAGAUUGUAAAUGGGCCUGAAGUGUUGAGUAAAUUUGUUGGUGAGACUGAGAAAAAUGUAAGGGACUUAUUUGCUGAUGCUGAACAAGAUCAAAGAUCACGAGGGGAUCAAAGUGACUUACAUGUCAUCAUUUUCGAUGAAAUUGAUGCAAUUUGCAAGUCUAGAGGUUCUACUAGGGAUGGGACAGGGGUGCAUGAUAGCAUUGUGAAUCAGCUCCUUACAAAGAUAGAUGGUGUGGAAGCACUGAACAAUGUGUUGCUCAUUGGUAUGACAAACAGAAAGGAUCUGCUAAGCUCUUUUGAGGCCUGGUCGUUUAGAAGUCCAAGUGGAAAUCAGCCUUCCAGAUGA